AUGAUGAUUGCUGAGGAUUUUGAUAGUGAAGUUUAUGAUACUUCACUAGAUAAGUUUAAAACUUAUGAGGAAUACUUAGAUUCUCACAUCACAAAGGAAGAUCUAUUCUAUUUAGAGGAUAUCGAAUUAGCCAGAUAAUUGAAAGAAUAGGGAUAUCAUGCGAAGACAGAGAUUUUAAGUCGCGAGCAAUUUGAGGCCAAGAAAAAGGCGGUGGAAGAAGCUAGACUUAACUAGAAUAAAGACAAAACUAAGGCACUUGCACAUACAGAAGUUAGCGAUCCAUCUAUUAUUGAGAAAUCUCCAUUCUUGAGAGCAUUAGCUGAACGAGAGUUAAAAGUCUUGAAUGGAAAAUUACUUACAAUUAUUUUUAUAAGAUUAGAAUCUGCUAAUUGCGAGGUAAGCGGUUACAUUGAUUAUGCACAUCGUUUGAAAACUGAAGAUUUUAAAAUAUAUUUUGAAGGGAAAAAAAAAUUACAACCUAGACCAACAGAUCUAUCAUAUUACAACUGGAGAACUGGAUAGUGCGUUUCAAAUGAUUCUCCCAAUUUUAAAGUGGAUGCAAAUUCUGGUCAACAAGGAUUGCUUUUUAGAAACAAAAGAGAUAGAAAAGUCAUUAAUGUUGAUCCAAACAAAAAACCAGAAGAUGGAAUGACAAGAACUGAAAUAGAAUCUCCAGAAGCAAUCCAAAUUGUCUUGUAUGACUAUUAUACAAGAAAGAAAUGAAAGCUUUAUUAUUUAUUUUUAUAUUAUUAAUAUUGUUUAGUA